AUGGCGGCCGCGGGCGCGUUCAGCCUCAGGGAGGUUCUGGACGCCUUCCGGGGGUGCGUGACCGAGCGGCAGGAGGUGCUGCUGGAGCCCUACCUGAGCGGCUGGUGGGGGCUCAUCCGGUUCCUGCAGAGCCUCGGCGCCGUCUUCGGCUUCAUCUCCAAGGACGCCGUUGCCAAGGUGCAGAUCAUGGAGCGGCACCGCCGGGGGGAGCAGGGGCAGCACUACGAGUCCCUGCAGUCCAUGGUGGAAUUCGAGCUGUCCCGGGGGCCGGCGGAGCUGCGGGGCCGCCCCGACUCCGGGUGCCGGACGGUGCUGCGGCUGCACCGCGCCCUGCUCUGGCUGCAGCUCUUCCUGGAGGGGCUGCGCACGGGCCACAGGGAUUCCCGGACCUCCACCAUCUGCACGGACUCCUACAACGCCUCGCUGGCCAAACACCACCCCUGGGUGGUCCGCAAGGCCGCCACGCUGGCCUUCUGUGCCCUGCCCUCCCGGGAUGCCUUCCUGGAGGUCAUGAACGUGGGGCCCCCCGAGCAGGCUGUGGACAUGCUGGGGGAGGCCCUUCCCUACAUCCAGAGUGUCUAUGGCAUCACCCAGGAGCUCUUUGCCCAGCACAGCCUGCUGGACCUGCCCUGACAGGAGGGGGCACAUCCCAGCAGGACUGGGGUGGAAAUCAAGGGUUUCUCUGGCUCUCUGCCCGUGGGCACCUCCCCUUUCCCCUUCCCACUUAGCCAAGCUACUCUGGGUGCCUCACCUUACAAAACAUAUACCAGGGGUUUUUAUAUCUAUUUAUGUGAUACAUAUAAAACACAUAUCAUACAUGUAUUUUAUAUCUGUGUCAGU